AACGAUUUGUCGUACGUAAUCGGCUUUAUGGUUGUGAUUCUUAGAUUCUUUACAAUUACUGGAAAACAUACAACUCUCAAAAUGUUGAUGUUAACAGUUGGAGUAUCCGUUUGUAAAAGUUUUUUCAUUAUAUUUGGCAUGUUUCUCCUUGUUUUCUUUUAUGCACUAGCUGGUACGAUUAUCUUUGGAACUGUAAAGUAUGGUGAAGGUAUAGGAAGGCGUGCUAAUUUUGAGUCACCUGUAACUGGCGUUGCGAUGCUCUUCCGUAUUGUCACAGGUGAAGACUGGAAUAAAAUAAUGCAUGAUUGCAUGAUACAACCACCGUAUUGUACUCCUGCCGCUAAUUAUUGGGAAACUGAUUGCGGCAACUUUCAUGCUUCUUUAAUAUAUUUUUGUACUUUCUAUGUCAUUAUUACUUAUAUCGUUUUAAAUCUUCUAGUUGCUAUUAUUAUGGAAAAUUUCUUAUUUUAUUCAAAUGAAGAAGAUGCUUUAUUAUCUUAUGCUGAUAUUAGAAACUUUCAAAACACUUGGAAUGUUGUUGACAAUCAUCAAAAAGGUUUUAUACCUGUGAAACGGGUAAAGUUUAUUUUACGAUUAUUAAAAGGCAGAUUAGAGACUGAUCCACAGAAGGAUCGUCUUCUUUUUAAACAUAUGUGUUAUGAACUAGAAAAGUUGAAUAAUGGGGAAGAUGUUACUUUUCAUGAUGUUAUCAAUAUGUUAUCCUAUCGUUCAGUUGAUAUUCGAAAAGCUCUUCAGCUUGAAGAAUUAUUGGCGAGAGAAGAGUUUGAAUAUAUUAUUGAAGAAGAAGUUGCUAAGCAAACAAUCAGAAAUUGGCUAGAAGGUUGUCUAAAAAAAAUUCGUGCAAGUGGGAAGCAACAAAAUAGUCUUGUAGCAGGUCUUCGCGCUAAUACUGAACAAGUUCAACAGCAAGAACAUGUAGAAGAGAAAGGAAAAGAGAUCGUCAAAGAAGAAGAAAUUGAAACAAAAGAUACUGAUGGAACUAGACAUAAAGUAAAAAAACCAGUCGUUCUUCCAAGAUCUGAUAGCAUAGGUAGUGGAUCAGGAAGAAAGUAUUUAACUCCAACAUUAUCAGAUCCUGCUUCAAUUAGAUGUGAAAAAGAUAAAAAUGCGGUACCAAAAAAAAAAAUAAUAGACCUCCACAGAGCACUGAGCAAAGCAGACAACAGCGGGAAACAAUCAAUGCAAAGGCAAUUGUAUCAAAACCUUCCAGCAUUAUGCUAGAAGUUCGAGAAUGGUGGAAGGAACAAUUGGCAUAUAGCAGUGAGUCCAGUGAAGACGAAGUUUAAAUAUUCAUUUGUAUUUUUCAUCAGUAUAAAUUAAAAAAAUACCAAAUAAAAUAAAUUAUUAACGUAAUAAAUGAAGCAUAUGCUU